AGUUACAUUUCCUUGGUAAUCUUAUAACUCAAGAACGGGCUCACCUAUCUAAACCAAAUUUUUAGGCUUUGUUUGGACUAUUCAGUAGAUGGUUUGUGUUUUGAAAUUUUAAGAAUCGGAUACCAGGGUCUCGAGAAAUAGGCCAAAACGUGAACCCGGGUAACCCUAGGAUGUGUUUGUACAGUAUGGGUAGCAAAUGGAAGCUGCUGAUGAUUCUAUAGUAUAGAGUAUUUUUGAUGCCGCUCCGUGACUGGGGUCUCGAGAUAUCGGCCAAAAUGUGGACCCCGAUAACUUAAGGAUGUGUUCGUACAAUACGGGUAGCAAAUGCGAGCUGUUGAUGAUUGCUAUAGUAUAGAGUAUUUUUAAUGCCACUCCGUAACUAGGGUCUCGAGAUAUAGACCAAAACGUGGACCUGGAUAACCCUAGGAUGUGUUUGAACCACAUGAGUAUCCAUUGUAAGUUGUUGAUAAAUGCUAAUGAAAGAGGACUUUUCUUUUCGCUGGGUAACUAAGGACUCCAGAUAUAGACCAAUUGGGAACUCGCCUUCAGGUUAAGAGAUUGCAUUCUUAUGUACUACAACCAGUUAAAAUGUUUUUAAAAAUUCAGAUCCGUUAUCUACAUAUAUUUCUCGAACUUUACGGAUUCAAGGUCAAAUAUACCAUAGAGCUGGGUCUUUGCUACCAUUCCCAGAUGGUGACCAUCAAUUUUUGCAAAUAUAUUUUAUUGGUGAUGAGAAUCGUGAAUUAGAUCAGCGCUGUGCAAUUUCGACGAAUACGAGAAGAUCAAUCGUGAAUGAAUUGCAAACAAUGUUCCAUCAACACAAUGAAUUGGUGAAAUUGUUCAAAGUGGCACUCGAUCUGAUGCCCACCGAUGGCCACAAAAUCAUAAUAAAAGCCGAUAAAACACCAAUUGGGGAGCACGCCAGACGAUUCAAUGUACCAACGAUUGAUGAAGUAGCCAUUGUUGUGGUUGGUGAACAGUUUCGGUCACGAGAAAUUGUUUUGUAUCGUAGAAAUGAGCAAUUACAACGUAUUUCAGAACUCCAUCGCUGUUAUGAUGCAUUGCAAUACCCCAUUUUGUUUUGGAGAGGGGACGAUGGCUAUCAUAUCAACAUACCAAUGAUAAAUCCAACAACUGGUCAAAAAUCAACGAAAACCGUCAGUGCGAUGAAUUUUUAUUCGUAUCGAUUAAUGAUUCGCCCUCAAGAAAACAAUUUUAUUUUGCGAUGCAAUCAACUUUCGCAUAAAUUUUUUAUCGAAUUGCAAGUGAUUUUGGACGCAAAUAUAAUAAAAAAUUGAAUGCUCCAGGAGGAACUGGAAAAGCAUUUUUAACUUUAUUUAUUUUAGCAUAAUUUAUUUAGCGUAAAAAAUUGAAAUGGAAAUUAAAGAAUCAAAGUUUAAUUAAAAGUUUUUAUCGGCUCUUUCACCUUACCUGUAUAUAUGUAGGUGACCACCACAAUCAAAUUUUAAAAAAGUACAGAAAAGGCUAUUGUGACAUCUUUAGAAACUAUGUUGAAUGAAAAAAAUCAACUAAUUCAACUGUUUAAACAUUUUACGAGUUCUAUAAAGAAAACU